UCAUUUGGGACUUUGUCCACAGAGCUUGUAUUUACAAGUACCGAGCAACUACAUAACAGCAGAAAAGCCAACUACCAACAAACUUCAUGUCUGCAGUUACUGUAGGACUUUGUGGAUGGUCUAGAAAGCUAACCCUGUUCUUCUGACCACAGAGUUUUAAAGCUUGGUAAAUAACUACUGGAUACAUUCAAGAGAAUUUCUGGACUGCAAAGACUUCUUAUGGUUCUGAUUUCUCUAGGACUGUGGCAUGUUUUAAUUGAACAACUGCAAUGACACUGGAAACAGCCUGGCACUUCUAGUAGAUUGAAAGGAAAACAAACCACCAAAGCCAUGGAGAGAAAAAAACGACGACAGAAACGGGAAUUUGGGAAAAGACUUUCUCUGGACAGCAGUCUUGUGGAAUAUAUGGACUCAAAUAAAUACAUAGAGCAUUUAGUAACUCAGCUAGAAGAGCAACGGUGGAACCUAUGGAGGGAGAAGUUGUCUGUGGCUCAGCUGCAGCGGGAAGUUGCGCGAAGUAAGAGUGAAGGGACAAUGCGCGAGAAGCUGAUACAUGAGUUGGAGGAAGAAAGACAUUUGAGACUUGAGAGUGAAAAAAGAUUACGGGAGGUGACAUUGGAGUCGGAGCGUAGCAGAGCUCAAAUGCGUGGAUUGCAGGAGCAGUUUUCGAGGAUGGAGGAGACGGUGAGAAAUCUACUGCAGAAUCAAGGAUCUCCAGAUCAGAAUGGAGAGGGCACAGUUAAUAUCAUGAAGGUGUAUCAGGAAAAACUGUCAGAAGAGGACAGAAAAUGCAAAGAAACUAUGGAACACAUUCAUAUUGCAGUAGAUGAAGAUUCAAGAAGUGAAAGUAGCAGUACUGAAGAAGAGAAAGAAAAGACAAAAUUGCUAUUAGAACGAUUGAAAGCUCUGGAGGCAGAGAAUUCAGCAUUGGCUCUGGAAAAUGAAAAUCAAAGAGAACAGUAUGAAAAGUGCCUCGAUGAGGUAGCCAACCAGGUUGUGCAAGCUCUACUUACUCAAAAGGAUCUGAGGGAAGAAUGUGUAAAGCUGAAAACAAGAGUUUUUGAUUUGGAACAACAGAAUCGAAUGCUAAGUGUGCUUUUUCAACAAAGGGUCAAACCAGCUUCCGACCUCCUUCUCCAGAAACUGCAUUCACGCAUCUUAGAUCUCUCGUCUGGGGAUUUGCUUUCAGAUGUAGAAAGGAACAGAAGUUUGAUACAAUCACGAACUACUGGUGUUCAGAUUCAUGAAUGCCAGCAGAAUGUGAAAUCCAGUAUACCUGCCUUGAAAUGCCAGAGUCAAUUAAAUACGACAGGGCCCAGUCGCCUAUAUCCCCGGAGCAGUUGCAGUAGCAGUGAACUCUCUCUAUCAAGUGCUUGCAGUGAAUAUUCCAGUGGCUCCUCCUACACUUGGAAUGAUGGAAAGACGUGGAGUAAAAGGUCAUCUAUAAGCUGGGAUAAAAGAAUAAGCAUUGGUUCUUCACUCCCGAGCAACCUCUCUAGUCCUACAGACGAUCUACCUCCAACUCGUAUCAAGGAAAACCACAUUUUGGAAGGGCUGAAGAAGUUACAGAAACGAAAAAUGUUAUUUGAACCAUCUUCAGUAAUAUCAAAAUGGGGUUACAAAGAUUGCAUGGACUCCAAUGAAGGAAUAUAUUCCCCUGGAAUUAAAUGUGGCAGCCAUGAAGAACAAACUCAUUGUAAGCCAAUGGAAAUAGGGAGUGUUUGCAUCGAGCACAACAAAACUUUCACUUAUGAUUCAGAUUCACAUGAUGAUGCAGAUGAUGAAUCUUCAUCUUUAGUGUUGCUGCAUGAAGUACCAAGCAAAGGUUGCAGGCUCUAUUGUAAUAAAUUAACCCACAGUAUUUCUGACAGUCUAUUUGGUUGGGAGCCUAAUGGGAAACAUUUACCAGAAAAAGGUUCAUAUUUUAAUUCAAGGGAAAGACCUGAAAAACUAACUAGUUUUGUCAAUGAUUUUCAGUCAGAGGUAAAAUCAUGCACAAAUGUUAAGCUGCCUGUACUACAGCUAGAUCAAAGCACUGCUAAUCUAGGUUGGAAGGACCUUAAUUUACAGUUUUCAGAUACUGAUGACAAUGAAGUCAUGGAUGAAUUACAUAUAGAAAGCAGUGAUGAAAAAAGUCCAUCGGAGUUGUUAUUAACUCCCUUUACUGACAAGCAUACAGAGAGCUCUGACGUGCUUGCAGGGAUGGAGAAUUCUCAGUUUGUAUCUACUGACGGAGAGGAAAAACAAGUAUCCACUCAGUCAGAUAUUGGGCCAAAGACAUGUAAUUUCAUUAAACAACAAAAGGUUAUAAAAAAGACUUCUUCUGAAGAAUGCACUACUGUAAUAUUUGAUGCUGAGGAUGGCGAGCCUAUUGAAUUCAGUUCACAUCAAACUGGAGUAGUCACUGUGACUAGAAAUGAAAUUUCCAUCAAGCGACCACAAAGUGGGCCCAAUGCAGAAUACACUGAAUUUAUACCUCAGGGAAUAACUAAUUCACAGACAGGAACUAAUGCUAGAAACUACACUGUUUUAGAAACACCUGAAGAUGAAAUCGAGAAAAGGACUCUUCAGAAUAAUGUAGGGAAUGAAAAUACUAUUGUCCCCAGGACAUGCAGUGAAUCUUUACACUUUGGAAGAGCAUUGUUGCAAAAUACUCUACAACAAAAGCUAGUGAAGCCAGUGUACAAUGUAUCAUAUAAGGCCAAUUCCAUCUCCACUGUUCAUGCAGGUAUCAAUCAAAAACAAAACUUGACUAAAAUACCCAGCAGAAGUAAGUUUUCACCACAGAAAAUUAAGAUGACAGAUAGUGAGGAGUCCGCUGCAGCCUUAUCAUCUGGCCCAACAACCCUAGAAAAAUCACCAGCUUUGCUGCCUAUGAAACUGUCAAGAUUCAAAAAGGCACAAAGUCCAACUCAUAAUCUGGAUUUGAAAAUAGACAUAGAGAUUCCAAAGCACCCUGCCCAUCUUCCUCAAAAUUCUAAAAUUCCAGGCAGAAGUGAUUGGACAAAGAAUCCAAAGAGUCAAGUUCCAGAAUCGCCAUUAUUGCCUCGGCACCUUAUAGAACCCAGUGACUAUGGAGAGCCCCCAACCAGAGAUAUUCAUUGUGAUUUAGCAAUUGUAGAAACCCGAUCCCCAUCACCCCCCGCUCCUCCGGGCCGGUCAACUUCACUAUUGAUUAAACCAAAUUAUGAACAUUCUCCACCUUUAUCCAUAAAGCCAGGCACAACUGUUCCCAAUGAAACAGCAAAAAAUAUUCUUAAAUUGUCACCCUUAAAAAGAACUGCAAACCCUAUUGCUUUUCAUAAUCAAUCUAAUCGUGAAAUGCUAACAAAAAAUACACCUCUCAUGGCCAAAAUUGAAUUAGUUCACCUUGAAGAGAAUGGAGAAAUGAGCACACAAAACAUGCUUCAGCAGUCCCACAGCUCCCCUGGAACCUCUAAAGGGCCUUCCAAAGUUUUCACAAAAAGAGCUUGCCCAAAACCCUCUAAUCAGUCAGUAUUCUGCAGCAAUCAGGAGCUUUCUAACCCAGGAUUACGGACCGCUAAGACCUUCUCUCUAGCUUGUGUGUCACUGGAAACGGUUUCCUCACAAAGCACAUAUUCAGGCAAAAAAGGACUAUCCGAUGGCAGUGGAGUGCCUCAGCCACAAAAGAUGCCAAACAGUCUGCCCACAUCUCCACAAUGUCAAACAGCAAAUAGUAGCGAGCCUCUUCCAUCUCAUGUUAACCGUUCCUCAUUGCCACUAUCGUUUCAUGGCAGUGACACAACAAAUGCUGUCCAAAUCUCUCAUGAGAAAGGACUGAAAACCCGCCUCCCUGUAGGACUGAAACUACUUGUAAAAUCUCCCCAACUCCUCAGGAAGAGUUCUACUGUACCAGGGAAACAAGAAAAAGACAGCAUAAAUGCAGCUUCCAAAAGCAAUGUGAGUUCAUGUAAGUACAAGCAGGAUGAAUCCAUGUGUCUAACCACCAUGGAAACAAUGGGUUCAGAAUUAAGAGUCACUAAGGCCAAUACUGAAAUAAAAGAUCAAUUUUCCAUGGGACUUACUAUUGAUACAGCAUCACCUCACUCACCUGAAAACUGCAGCAUGAUGGUAGACAGAAGAGAUGGAUUAGAAAACAAAUUAGUUAAGAGAUCUGUUUCUUCUAGUAACAAAACAUACUUAAAACCGGCUCUGGGAAUGAAUGGAGCAAAAGCCCGUAGUCAAAGUUUCAGCAUUCAUACAGGGGAAAAGCCAGCUACCCCUGUGACAGACGGGCUAGGAAAAGUACGGACUCAGAUUAUUACUAACACUUCUGAAAGAGGAAAUUCUUUAACAAGGCAGAACUCUACCAUGGAAGGAUUCCAAAUCAAGGCCAUUCCUGGGUUAGCAAUGGCAUCAGAGACCCUUUCAGAUACUUCAAAAGUUCCAGAAAAAUUCUAUUCUAGACAAGGUUCUGAUGGAAGCAUGAGUAGUUCCAAUAGUCAGCAUGGUAGCCCAAGCAGACUACCAUUCAGAACAUCUCCAAAAGUGGACUUGUUUCACAGCAUUUCAAAAUGUGAGGAAAACAAAUCACCUUCUCAGAAAGAUACACCAAAUAUAUUUGUCCACAAUGAAAAAAGCAGUGAGAAUUCUAAACAGCAUCCACUAAACACAAAAAGUAUCAUGCAAGCAGAAUUGGAGUUGGAGUCAUCACCUACUAUUCCAACAGAACAAAUUUCAUCAUUUCAAAACUUGGAUGGAAUACAAUAUCCUCGUAAACUUGAAGCAAGCAAGUCACAAAGACAAGAAACCUCUUUAAAGAUACCAGAAAACUCUGAGGUUACCAGUGCUUUGAGUUCAUCUGUUGUACAACCUACAAUAGAAGAAAAAGUCAUGUUGUGUAUCCAGGAAAAUGUGCAGAAGGGUCAAGGGCAAAACAAGUCUCCCACCACCGAGAUGAAACAAAAGACUGGGCCCUCUAUAGCUAGCUGGUUUGGUUUUCGUAAGAGUAAACUCCCAGCCCUGAAUGGUAGAAAAACUGAUGUUCCUAAAACAAAGGUAGAAAAGAAAGAAGCAAAAGGUUCAGGUUUUGGAAAUAAGCAGGCAAAGUCAGAGAAAAAAAAAGAUAAAAAGAAAACUGACCAACACUGUGAAGCAGAAAAUGAAUUUAAUAAGAAAACUGAAAAUGGUGACAUUUUAGAUGAUGUUUUGAAAGGCAAAAAGAAUACAAAAGCUUCACAAGACAUCCCUGGCCAGAUUAGGUGUUAUCAAAAGAGUGGUUCCUCCACCAUCACAUAUUCAGCAAAAGACAGUUUUAUGAAAGAACUUUUAAACAGAGUUGAUAAGAAAGCAGCUCAGCAGACAGAAAGUGGAUCAAAUAAUGUUUCCUACAGGAGUGUGUCGAAGGGCAGCUCCCAGGGCUCCUCUCUUCCCAGCAACUCUAUCAGCGCUCAAGGAAGCCACAAGAAAAACAGCAAAACAAAAGCUGAUAUGGAAAUGCAGCAUGAGACACUGACUAAAUUGGUCACAGAAAGCCAGCAGGAAGAUGAAGAGGACACCAUCACAAGCACUACAUGUCAGAGUCACGUAAUAGAGUCUUGCUGCCAGAUGAGAACAUUGGACAGUGGAAUAGGAACCUUCCCUCUCCCAGACUCAGGAAACCGGUCAACUGGACGAUAUGUUUCUAAGCAAGAAUCAACUUUAGAAACUGAAGUCUUCAUGCCUCCUGAGCAAGCCCUUCCUUCAGCCCCUUCAAUAAAAGCCAAAACUCUUGAGCGAGAAGUGCCUUCAACAGCUAAGAGCCCAGAAUCUGUGGAAAACAUGAUUAGUCAUUCAACAUCUGAUCCUACCAUGACUGCCAAAGUUGUACGACCUUUUCAAAGUCGCCUUCCAAAACCAGUCUCCUCAGGAAUAAUUAACCCUCCAAAGCAAAGUGGACAGGAACAAAUUCUGGUGACUUCUGUUUCAUUAGAGCAUACUGAAAAAAAUGUGGAAAACAAGAAGAUUCUUCCAGACUGGAGCAGCAAGAAAGCCACUAAAAAAACAAAGGACAAGGCACUGCGAGUGUGCACUUAUUCUGCUAGCAGCAGUAGUGACACUGAAACGGAACCAGAGUAUGAAACAAAUGACUUUGGAACGGCAGCGGAAAAGUUAGCAGAUUUAAUGAAGAACAAACGAGGUAACUGGAAAUGUAUACAUGCUGAGCAAGAAGAAAAUACUGUGAGAAAGUCCUUUGUGGGGAGCCCUAUGUCAAUCUUGGAUUUAUAUCAACACAGUCUCUAUGGCCAUUAUGGAGAGGAUGGGCCUGAACAAUUAACACAUUACAGUUUUAUUGAGCAGCUGAGUGGAGCUUCCAGUAAAGAAGGCAAGAGCAAAGAGAUCUCUAGUAAAUUGAAACAAGCUGAAAAAACAAGGGAAGAUUCUGAGACUAGAUUAUCUAAAAUUUCCCUGGAGUCUCUCAAUAAAUUUAACAGCAAUAAUGUCAUUUUAUUAGAAAAAGAGAAGAAUUGUCUGAACAAGGUUGAAGGACAAAAGGAAGAAAAUGGAAAGAAUGAAGAAGCUUCUUUAAAUAGCUCUGAUAGGCAUGGUGUAGACAAUUUAGAAUCUUUGAGUGAUUCUUUAUAUGAUAGCUUCUCAUCCUGUGCCAGCCAAGGCUCUAAUGAUGUAUAAAGACACUUUCCAGUGGGCUGAGAAUGGAGCACUUAAGGAACUGAGGGGAAAAAAAGAAAGGGACAACUGUUGACAAACUUUAUCCUAAAUUGUUGGAUUCACAGAAGGGUAUUUCCUGACUUAUUUUCAUGACACAGCAAUAAGGAAAGAUAAGACUGCAUUUAUUGUGAUGCAUGAGACUGAAAAUUGAACACAAAAGCUGUUAUACAAAAUGUCUUAAUUUUGCACUUUUAUGAAUACUUGUACAGAAGUUGUAAAUUUUUUUGAAAAAAUAUAUUUGUAGGGAAAAAAAGCAAUAAAUAUUAAAUGGUGCCAUGCUCCUGAAAUGACAGAUUACUAACUUUUAAAAGUUGAUGUUAAUAUUAACAAGCAAAGUUAGUGGAUUUUUUUAAAGAAAGAUUUAUAAUUGUUCUAGUCUUAAAACUGUAUGUAGAAACACUGCUUUAAAAUAAACUUGAGCUUGCCAAAUUGUCUGUAAUAAACCUUCUUGGACCACAUUUUACAAAAUACACUUUGUAAUUUUUUUUUAUUUUAGUGCAAUUUCACAUAAGAUUCUCUAGGGAUAUGUGCAUUUUAGUUGGUGUAAUUCCUUAACAUGUAUCUAUUGAUACUUCAAGAGGGUUUUGAUGUUUGAGACAGUACAAGAAUGGUUGGAAUCAAAUACCCAGAUCCUACUACUACUUGUGCAUCUGAGCAGCCCACUGAGUUCAUAAAGAAUGAAGUUACUUGUGUGCAUAGUGUUUGGAAGAUCGGGGUAAAAGUGAUUUGCCAUUUGACUUCAAUGGGAGUUUUGCCUGAGUAAAGGAUUGCAGGAUCUGGACUUUAUUUCUAACUGCAGUAUUUACUUUUAUAGUAUACCUAUUUCUCUUUCCGCUGUAACCAUUUAAUACGAAUUUCUGAAUGUGGUAUGUUGAUUUUUCACCCUCAGACCACCUUGAUUUUAACUCCAUCUAGGAAUCCUGGAAAACUGAAAUAAAAUUCCUAUUUGUGAUAGAAACUUUUGUAAAACUAAAAAAAAAUGUUUUUGGUGCUAACAACUCUUAAUUCAACAUAUCUUUUUCCUAUAAAGACUUUAUAUGUAAGGGGAAGUCUAUUUCAAAGGUUAUGUGUAUUUUUUCUAGUUGUGAAGUAUUUAUAACUGCUUUUGUACAGCAAUCUCUCUGUAAACUAGGUAUAUUUGGGAUAUUUCUAGACUUUACUGUUUCUUUAGCAAAUACCUGUUAAUCUUUAUGAUAUUGUAUGAUCAGUGUUAUUUUGUUAAAAUACUUUGUGCAAUUUGUUACAUUUUAAUUUUGUUAUUUUAAGUAAUAAUGUCAGACUUAAACUUGCAUUGUCCUUUUGAAACUUAUUUCUAAAUAAAGUUCAUAUCACAGUUA